GAGGAGAAGAGUAUUGGAAUGUGAAAGGUCGGAUCUGACACGUGUGGAUCUGUCCGGCGUGCCGGGCGGCGCAGAGACGUUUGAGAAGGCGGCAAAGUUUUGUUAUGGAGUGAACUUUGAGAUCUCAGUGAAUAAUAUAGCAGCCCUCCGGUGUGCGGCGGAGUACCUUGAGAUGACUGAUAAGUAUUAUGAAGGGAAUUUGGCAGGGAGGUCAGAAGAUUUCUUGGCUCAGGUGGCGUUGAAGACUUUGCCCGGAGCUGUCCUUGUGCUCAAAUCUUGUGAGAGUCUUCUUCCUAUGGCUGAAGAUAUUGGACUCGUUCAGAGAUGUGUGGAUGUUAUUGCCUUGAAGGCAUGCAACGAGUCAAACUUUCCAACUCGGUCUCAAGCCGAGUGGUGGGCCUUUGAGUUGGCCCCUCUAAGCCCUAACUCGCUCCACAAGAUCCUCGCCGCCAUGAAAUCCCACGGCGCCACCCCCAAAACCCUAGCCACCACCGUCUCCACCUACGGCAAGAAGUCCAUGACCGUCCUCCUCUACCUUCCCAGCAACUUCCCCACCUCCCUCUCCGGCGACACCCUCUCCCACCAACGCGGACUUCUCGAAUCAUUCGUCGCCAUUCUCCCUCCUGACAGCGACGCCCCCCUCCACACCAGCUUAAUUUUGUGCCUUCUUUACGCCUCCAACUUCCUAUCCGCUUCCAACGCCUGCCACUAUGUGCUCCAGCGCCGGCUUUCCCACGCCAUCAUCCAAGCCACUUCUGACAACCUCCUAGCCGUUACCCAAGAUGACCCCGAUGAUCGCAUCCGCCGGGUUUUCUCUCGCUUAAUUGGGAAGGAGGAGUCGGAGGCACAUAGUGCAUGACGGUUGUGUUUCUACAGGCUGAAUAGCUUGUUUGAAUUAAUCAUCUUGGAUUAUUUAGUGUAGUUCAUGUUUUUUAUCUUUCCGCAUGACUUUGUGUGCAUCCACGUUAGGGGCCAUAUAAAAAAAAAUUGAAUGAGUUAGUGUAAGCCAUGUUCUGUUGGUUAUAAGAUAGUGUGGUAAAAGUUGGACGUGAAACGAAUGUAGGGCACAUUAUUAGUUAUGUAACUACUAGAUAGUUAAUAUAUAUAUAUAGGAAGAAAAAAAAAUAGAAAAGCUGUGAAGUUUUGUAGCAUAAAAGAA